UCCUGAGCUUAUACAUGUACGGAAAUUCAUUCAUUUCAAAUAUUGCUAUUGCUAUAUUAUUACAUUCGACACUCGCUCCCCUUUCCCUUUUAUUUAUUAUUUUUCUUUUUUCUUUCAAAUUUUCAAAAAUCGAAAUAUCUCACUAUUCCCACUGUUUGUUUCACGAGAAAAAUACGAAAGAAAGUUUUAAAAACUAAAACUUUACAAGCUAAAAUCAUCGUCUUUUUCUUCUUUGUCUUCUUUUCUUCUAACUAACCGCAUCAUCACCACCGGAAACUCUUACUUUCCUCUCCCAUUUGUUUUUCUUUGUCUAUCAUUUCCAUAUACAUAGCUAGCCGAUUAUAGAAUUAUUUUGAGUUCUUUCUUUUUGGAUUAACGACGGUGACCGUCUGAGAAGGAAACAGACUAAUCGGAGAAGAUGAAUGCGGUGGGGAGGCAGCUGUCGAGAUCUAAUCCGGCGGUGCAUCACCAGCGGCAGUACUCAGAUAACUUCCUUGACUCUUCCUCUAAGUGGUUCCAGUCCUCUUCCAAUAAUCUAUCGCAGGAUUUUGGGCUCUAUGGGUCCAGACCCAGCAGAAUUGGUCGGAGCGGCAGCGAUCGUUCUCCGCCGGAUGCUGUGGCACCUUCACUUUCCACGAGAUCUUCCAGUUGGAGAAGGUACGGUGAGGAUCAACUCUCACCGAGUGAGCUCAGCUCUGGCUUGCUCGAUCUCCAUUCCUUUGAUACUGAGCUAUUGCCUGAGAUACCCGUGAGUACCAGUCUAUAUAAUGGACAUCAAUCUGGUCGUGGCAAAAGCUUUGAUGAUUCCGAGUCAUUUCUCUCCAACAACAAGCUUACAGGCAGAGCACGAGGUUUAAAUGAUAAUGCUCUUCUUAAAAGUUUUGCUGCUGAUAAAGAAAGAGCCAACAAUGUUGCAAAAAUCAAAGUUGUGGUGCGCAAGAGACCUUUAAAUAAAAGGGAAAUGUCAAAAAAGGAGGAAGACAUAAUAACGAUAGCACCAAAUUCUAAUUGUCUUACUGUCCAUGAAACAAAACUCAAGGUUGACUUGACGGAGUAUGUUGAGAAGCAUGAAUUUGUUUUUGAUGCUGUGCUUGACGAGGAUGUUUCAAAUGAUGAAGUAUACUCUGAGAGUGUGGAGCCUGUAGUUCCACUAAUUUUCCACAAAACAAAAGCAACCUGCUUUGCAUAUGGACAAACAGGCAAUGGUAAGACUUAUACUAUGCAGCCACUGCCACUUAAAGCAUCACAAGAUAUCUUAAGAUUAAUGCACCAAACAUACAGGAACCAGGGUUUUCAGUUAUUUGUAAGCUUCUUUGAGAUAUAUGGAGGGAAGCUUUUUGAUCUCUUAAAUGAUCGAAAAAAGCUUUGCAUGAGAGAGGAUGGUAGACAGCAGGUUUGUAUUGUGGGCUUGCAAGAAUACAAGGUGACUAAUGUGGAGACAAUUAAGGAGCUUAUUGAGAAGGGCAGCAAUACAAGAAGUACAGGCACAACUGGUGCAAAUGAAGAAUCUUCAAGAUCACAUGCCAUACUUCAGCUUUGCAUCAAGAGAUCAGCUGAUGGCACUGAAUCAAAGCCUGCUCGAGUUGUAGGCAAACUAUCCUUUAUAGAUCUUGCUGGAAGUGAGCGUGGUGCAGAUACUACUGAUAAUGACAAACAGACAAGAAUGGAAGGUGCUGAAAUCAACAAAAGCUUACUGGCGCUGAAAGAAUGCAUUAGAGCUCUCGACAAUGACCAAGGUCACAUUCCAUUUAGAGGAAGUAAGUUGACUGAAGUUCUUAGAGACUCAUUUGUCGGUGACUCACGAACUGUUAUGAUAUCAUGCAUCUCACCGAGUUCAGGAUCAUGUGAACAUACACUCAAUACACUAAGAUAUGCAGACAGGGUGAAGAGUUUAUCUAAAGGGAACAACUCCAAAAGGGAUCAAUUGUCUUCAUCUUCAAUCCUUCGAGAAUCUACCACACUGCACUUAUCUUCCACUUUACCAACUGAACCAGCCUUUGAGGAUAACAAAAUGUAUGUUACCAAUGAAAAGAGCAGGUUUGGUUGGUCCAAACAAUUCGAAAAAGAACUUUCACCACCAUUUAUGGUGGAUCGUGUUCUUAGCGGGAGGAUUGAAGGAAAUUUUGCUGCAUCUGAAUAUUCAGAUUAUUAUAAAGGUGAAAAUGGUGGUCCAAAUGGCAUUAAUGAAGAUGAAUUUGAUUACACUGGUCAGGCCUAUGAAAAAGAUAAACCAUCGCAGUUGAAUUAUAAAAAGGCCGAGAGCAACGAAAAAUCAUUUGUGGAACAAAAGAGGAAGAUUGGUGCACAUAUAAAGCAGAGGAAUGAUCAGGACUUUGGGGCUAGCAAUUCUAGUUCUGAUGAGAAUCUUAUUGCCCUCCUCAAGGAAGAGGAAGAUCUUGUGACAGCUCAUCGAAGACAAGUAGAGAAGACCAUAGACAUUGUUAAGGAGGAAAUGAAUCUGUUGGUUGAAGCUGAACACCCAGGAAAUCAACUAUCUGACUAUAUCUCGAAGCUGAACUCCAUACUUUCACAGAAGGCUGCCGAAAUUCUUCAAUUGCAGAACCAGUUGGCUCAAUUUCAGAGGCAUCUGAAUGAGCAUAAUGUUUUGCAGUCUUCCAGCAAUUGAUUUCAUCUGGAGGAGAGUGCGUACUUGAAGUAAUUUUUGAUCGGUACAACAUGAGUUUCGUGCCUUUGGCCAGUCUGUUGAUAUAAUUUGGUAAUGCUUAGAGGUCUGGUUUUGUUCAUGUGGCAACUUCAUCUGGUUGCAAGUCAUAUUUUGUGAGGAAAUCAGUCGUUUUGGGCUUGUUUAUUUUCCUUGCUGCAUAUUCUGCUCGUUUGUAAAAAUCAGUGCAAAACAUGCUGAAAGAAGAAGAGAGGCCAUGCUUGAGGUGCUAAGAAUAUUUUGGUUCCAAUAUCAGGAAUUAAUUUCAUUUCUCGAUCACAUUGUUUGAGUUUUCCCAUGUCUCUGCUGCUAUCCUGAGUCGCGUGAAGUUAUAAUAUAUUGGCAUAACGUUCUAUACACACAUUUGGUUAUUGUGACCCUUUGUAAAAUGAUGUAGAAAUUUUUUCAUUAUAAUAUUAUAUGUAAGUCUUGUUUUCCUUGUAAA